AUGAUGUUCAAACUUCUGCUUUUUCUUUUCUUCCAUCCAAUCCUAUCUGUCAAGAUCAUUGAUAAUGGAUUAGCUCCACCAGAGAUAGUUCAUUCACCCGUAGCUCUCAAGCCUAGAUGUGUGAUAAAAGCUCCCCCUCUGGAUCUUAUUUUUAUUUUGGACAGUUCUGGUUCGCUUCGAGAUAAGUUCCAGGAUGAAAUCGAUAUUAUUCGUCGCAUAGUUAACCAUGUAACGAUUGGUGACACUGCAACACGAGUGAUGCUUGUCCAAUUCAGUGGAACUCAACAUCUAGAAUUCGAUUUCCACAAGUUCACUUCGCGUGAAGAAAUCCUUGAAGCUCUGAAAGUUCUCAGACACGUGUCUGGAAUUACAAGAAUAGGGGGAGCCUUUGAGUUCACUCUGGAAAAAAUGAUCAAUUCCAACACGGGAGUACGUGAUGCCAGUGUUCCAAAAAUCCUUUAUCUACUUUCUGACGGAAGAACACAUGAUUUUCCAAAAGAUUGGGAACAAGCGGAACUUGUACGAAGAAAAAUACCAAAUAUUGAUAUCUGGGCAUAUGGAACUGGAGAAUAUGUGGCCAUGACAGCUUUGUUGAACUACACUCAAGAUGUAAGUAAAAUUGUAACUAACAAAAACCUUCAUCAAUUGGAACCUCAAUUCAAUCGAUUCCACGGAACAGAAAUAUGUGAAAAGAUUCCGACUUGUAUAAAAGGCUCGGACAAGCCUCUUGAUAUGGUUUUAUUGGUUGAUGCUUCCGAGUCCUUAGACCAUCUUUUCCGAGAUCAAAUAAAAUUCGCUAUUGAGCGCGUGGUUGCCAACAUUAACGUUCAUCCAGAUGCAGUAAGAUUGGCUCUCAUUACAUAUUCUGGCAAUUUCUUCAAUCAUUUCGGUUUUAAUGAUUUCCAUUUCGGUAACAAUUCGGCCGUGGUUGAACAUCUAAAAACACUGAGAUCGAUAAAGGGUACAACAAGCACGCACAUAGCUCUAAAAGAAGCUAUGAAUCAACUUCUGAACGAAGAUGUGAAUUCCGGGACAAGGAAUGGAGUACCAAAGUUGGUUUUGGUGUUAACAGAUGGUCAUUCCGCUCGAUCCCCAUUAGCACAGGCUACUUUACUUCGCGAGAAAGGAAUAAUAAUUCUGGCCGUUAGUGUUACACCUCGUCCAUUAGUUGAUGAAGCAGAACUUCUCAUGAUAGCUGGUGACCCUAGCCGAGUUUUCACACCCAGAAACCUUCAAGACUUUGAAAAUGAGUUCAUGAAGUAUGUUGGCUUUGGUUGUGAGGGAAUAACGCUGGAUUCAAACGCGAAACCCCAGAUUAGAGGAGCAACAGACGUAACUUGCAAUGCUAACUCUGUAACAUUUACGGUGAGAACACAACGACCAAUGCAAGGUUUGAUGUAUGCUCAACACUACCAUGAUGAUGAGAACUGUGUUUUGAUAACUCGUGGAGAUACUAGAGAAGUGUCAAUUACUCUACGCGAAGGAACCUGUGGAGUCACAAAAACUCCAACUAUAAAUCGAGAUGGCAGCCAAUUUAAUGUGACAAUUAUCUUACAAUUCCAUCCAUUGAUCAUGACGAGGGCUGAUCAGGGAUUGGAUGUUAAUUGCAUUCAUCAUGAAGCCCCCUCUCAUCAAGAGAUUGAUCGAUCGGUUAUUAAACGAGUUUCUGACACAGAAUGUUCAUAUACUUUACACAGAUAUAACCCUCAACAAUGCGUAGCUUUGGAUGCCAAGGUCGGGGAAACAUUAUACCACAAAUGGACUUGCGACACACCUGAUCAAUAUCGCUAUCUUAUCCAUGAUUGUUAUGCAAAAUCUGAGAGUAAUACAGUUCGAAUACUCGAUUCUAAUGGAUGUGAGAUAGAUCAGCACUUCGUUGAGACCCCGAACUAUUCACGCUUUGAAAAACAAGGGAACGAUCUCGUUAGCUAUGUCUUCCAGGAAAUGUCUGUGUUCAAAUUCCCAGGAGAUGAGAACUUAAUUUUCCGUUGCCGUAUUUCACUAUGUGACAUGGAAGAUAAAGCUUCCGGCUGUGCGGAACUAAUUCCCCCCAAAUGUCAAAAAAAUGCGAACAUCUUGAACAAGGAUAGAAUAAGAAGGGAAGCCGGUUUACCUGAAGAAACUUCACAACGUCCUAGAAUAUUCCAUUUGGAUAAACAAACAAUGCAUCGCAACAGAAGACACAAUGUCGUCGAUACAAAGCCUGGGUUUGCUUUAACAGUAGAAGUGGAAACCAGAACCUUGAACAUUCUUCUCGGUGAGAAUGUUAGACCGAAAAAUUCUUUGAAGUACUGUGACAUAUCCUAA